AUGGGCCGUGCAAGGUGGUACGAAAUUGCGUUGGUACCGCUGUGUCUUUUGCUGAUAGUAAAUUUAGGUUUAACGCAAAACUGUGGCCAACGAAAGGUUGUGAACUUCCUUAUUGUGAACGGUAGCGAAGCGAAGGAUGGUCAUUGGCCAUGGCAUGCGGCCAUUUUUCACAAAACGGCGCUUACAUUCGAUUACGUGUGCGGAGGAACAAUUCUGAACCAGAAUACAAUUUUAACGGCGGCUCACUGCGUGAUGACGUUUGAAGGGAUUAUUCAACCAGAGAGCCUCGUAGUACACCUUGGACGACAUCGACUACGCAUAGCUACCAUGCGCACACAACAACACGAAGUGUUAGAAUUGAUCGUACAUCCGGAAUACAACAGCAACGGUGUUCGACACAAUAUUGCUCUGGUUGAACUCGCAACUGACAUCACCUACACAGAUUAUAUCCAACCGGUUUGCUUGUGGAAUCGAGGUGAAGAUCAGAAAACGAUUGUUGGCUCUUGGGGAACGGUGGUUGGAUUCGGUAUUGAUGAGACCGAUACUCCUUCUGACACACUGCGUGAAGCCACAAUUCCCGUGGUUAGUCCUAUUACCUGCAUUGAAAGCGAUCCAGUGUAUGCCUCGGUACUUACCUCUGAUAUGUUCUGCGCUGGCAAUGCUAAUGGGAUCUCUGCAUGCAAUCAGGAUAGCGGAGGUGGUAUAUUUUUCAAAUACAACGAUGUGUGGUACAUUCGUGGCGUGGUGUCUUUCACGAGGCCUCGACAAGGUACGCUUAUAUGUGACCCAAAUGUAUACACCGUGUUUACCGAUGUGGCGAAGUACUUGAAAUGGAUCGAGCAACCAGUCGGAUUGAAGCGGCUCACUGCUUGA